AACAACACUCAAACCCCACACAUUUCUCACAAUUAGUUCAUUUAAUUCAACAUUGGUGCUGUGCCACCCCACCAACAACCUCAACCCCCAUUCUCAAUUUAGUUAAUUUAAUUCAACAUUAAAAUACUAGAAGCGGAAUUCGAAAAUUGAACUCGGGACCUCCCGCACUCUAUAAUAUGGGACGUGGAUUUUCUUUGUGAUUGGUGCUGAGCCUAUCUAAUGGCGGUUUCUUCUACUUCAUUCGUGCAACCCCAAUUAAGAAGCUUUGGCCAUGGCUUGAGGCCUGCGCAUUCCCCUGGAAAUUCUCUCUUUUUUUCUUCUUCUCCUUCGUCUUCUUCUGCAGUCAUGUUUGGUUCGAGAACCAGUCCUAAAGGGAUUGUUUUCAACUCUUCUUCUAAUGAAUCUGGUUCUUUUAUGGAUGCCAAUGCAAGGCCCCAAACAUCGACUACCACAGCCUUCGAUUUGGUGUCUCGAGAAAUUGCCAUUCCAAAACGAUCAUUCAAAUGGCAAAGGGUAUUGCUGAAAGUGAGUGGGGAGGCGCUUUGUGGAAACCAUGAACAAAAUAUUGACCCAAAGAUUACGAUGUCCAUUGCAAGGGAGGUUGCUUCUGUUACUCGGCUUGGAAUUGAGGUUGCUAUUGUGGUUGGUGGAGGAAAUUUCUUUCGUGGAUCAUCUUGGGCAGGAUGCAGCGGUCUUGACCGUUCAUCUGCUGAUUACAUUGGCAUGCUUGCCACUGUUAUGAAUGCAAUUUUCUUGCAAGCAACCAUGGAGAGUAUCGGUAUCCCAACGCGUGUCCAAACUGCAUUUCGCAUGUCUGAAGUUGCAGAGCCAUACAUAAGGAGAAGAGCAAUCAGACAUUUAGAGAAAGGAAGAGUAGUUAUCUUUGCUGCAGGGAUUGGAAAUCCCUUCUUCACAACUGAUACAGCUGCUGCCCUUCGUUGUGCUGAAAUAAAUGCAGAGGUUGUUUUGAAGGCAACUAAUGUUGAUGGUGUCUACGAUGAUGACCCAAGACGAAAUCCAAAUGCUCGCCUCCUUGACACUCUGAGCUAUCACGAUGUAACAUCUAAGGAUCUUUCCGUCAUGGAUAUGACUGCAAUCACCCUUUGUCAAGAAAACAACAUACCCGUGGUUGUUUUCAACUUGACAAAGCCCGGUAAUAUAUCGAAAGCUAUCAUGGGUGAGAGGGUCGGUACUUUGAUCGGUGGGGAAUGGAAUUCAGCUACCAUUUAAAUGAUCUUUCCUUUUGGACUGGAUGGGACCAUGAUUGUCUGUGCAGAAGUCUCCUCAUGCAUGGGCAUACUGGAAUGCAUGUGAUGAUGCUUAUGGCAACGUUGAUGGUGAUGACGGUGAUUCAAUAUGUCAAAAUGUGGACUUUUGCUGCUGUUGCCGCCGCCGCCGCCGCCGCCACCAAGACACAAGAAAAAGGUGAAGUUUUAAGUUUUAUGGAGGAAAGCUGGAGCCUUGACCAUUGUAAUAAAGGCAUAGACGUCUUUUUUGCCAUCAACUUCUUGUGCUUAUACUGUAGCUGAUAUGUCCCUUCCACUUGCCAGAGGGUAGAAAUUUUGGACGGACCAAUCAUAUUGUAAAUAUCAGAUCCAUUGAAUCUCGAGAUGUUA